CAAAAAACACCAGUCAUCUUACACAAAAUUCACACGAUAACAACAUCUCCACCUCAACAAAACAAUACCUCCAGUAUCAUUCACAUUCGUGGUUCUCUCUCUCUUUUUAUUUUUUAUUUUUCCAACUCAAAUACGGCCAUACGGGAAGCAACAAUGUCCUCCUUUUUAAAGUUUCUCGUCUCCUCCGGGGACGCCAGCUCCUCACGUCGGCACAAACAUCCUUACUACCCGCGCGAGGUUGUCGUCCCCAACUAUGCGCCCAACACGUACACGCUGCCUAUGGUGCUUGGUGCAUUUGGUGGAGCCACGGCCCUCUUGAUGGUGGGAACGGUGGCCAUUGGCAAGAAGGUCAAUAAGCAGUUGACGUGGAAGGAUGCGGGGGUGUUGGCGUGGUUUACGCUAUGUGGUUUCUUGCAUUGUUUCUUUGAAGGCUACUAUGUGCUCAACCACGCCACCCUCGCCAGCAAGCAGGACAUCUUUGCUCAGCUGUGGAAGGAGUACGCGCUGUCCGACUCGCGGUACAUGACCUCCGAUCCAUUCAUGCUCUGCAUUGAGACUCUGACCGUUCUCACAUGGGGCCCUCUCUCCUUCCUGGCCGUCUUUGCCAUCAUCAAGGGCAACACUAGCCUCCGUCACAUCACCCAAACCAUCGUCAGCGUUGGCCAUCUCUACGGCGUCGCCCUCUACUUUGGCACCUGCUUCUUCCAGGAAAAGUUUCGCGGCAUUUCGUACAGCAGACCGGAAACGCUGUACUACUGGGUUUACUACGCCGGCAUGAACGCGCCUUGGGUUAUUGUCCCUGCUAUCCUCCUCUUCCAAAGCAGCAAGACCAUUAGCCAAGGUCUCUCGGUCCUCAACAAAGUCAAGAGCAUGAAGGGCGGCAGUUCAUCCACCUCCGGCAGCGGCAGCAGCAGCAGCAUUUACAGCGGCAAGGCGGAGAGCAUCAGAUCGUUUGAUGGCAGCAGUGAGAGCAAGAGUAGCAACAGCAGCAGCAGCAGCAGCAGAAAGGCCGACAAGGAAAGCAAGCGCGAGCCUAGCAGGGAUAGCAGAGAUGGGGGCGAAAGGAGGAGGGAUCGCGUCUCGGAGCAGGCUGCCUAUUUCAGAGACGAAGGCAGGCCGGAGAGCAUUGCGGAGAGCAAAUAUGAGAUUUGGGAGGAGAACAGGGCGGAUGCGAGGGAGCAGUUGAGGAAGAAGAGGACGACGGGUCGGAGGGAGUAAGAAUGGAUGUGGAAUGUACAUAUAAAGUGGCGGCCAUCAAGGUGUCAGGUUGGUUGGAUAGGUAAGAGAUGGGAUGACACCGGCACGAGCUGGGAUGGGCCAGUUCUUAACGUCUACAUUGUAGCCCGGAGUGUGGGAUCCACUUCUGCGGUCCGGUGGUGUGGGCGGGUGCGUGCUCGGGAUCAGACCGGGUAUUGAGACAUGUGCACACCCCGUGGCUUCUCGGUUUCGGGAUGAUGAAUGAUGGGGCAGGUCGGCGUCGGUGUUUUUUAACUCUUUUUUUUUUUCCAGUUAAGUAGUCUAGAUGCUUAGAAUCUGUAGACAUUAUGGCCUGCAUGCUGUCUGGCG